AUGCUGCCCGACGACCUCGUGUACCGGCACUCGGCCGCCAUGACGGCCGUCUACUGCGCCGCCUACUCGCUCGUCUUCCUGCUCGGGCUCGUCGGCAACUGCUGCGUCAUCGCGGUCGUGUGGCGGUCGCCGCGCAUGCGCACCGUCACCAACCUCUUCAUCGCGAACCUGGCCGCUGCCGACCUGCUCGUGGUCGUCGUCUGCCUUCCCGCCACGCUCGUCUCCAACAUCUUCGUGCGUGAAAAUCUUGCGCUGUACACCAUCCCGUCGACGCCUCCAGUAUCUGGUCCCGGCGGAGGUUCGAGUCCUUCCUCGGGC